AUGGCUCACUCCACCACCUUGGCCCUGCACCUGCUGGUCGUCGUCGUGCUGGUGGCGCUCACCUUUGCUGCCUCGGCCAGUGUCUCCACCCCCGUAAACAAGUCGUGCGUCACCGGUAGCGCCGGCGCCAGUGUGAGCAUUGGCUACGGCGGGGCAAGAGCCAGCGCCGGCGCUGGCGUGUCCCUGGGUGCCGACGCGUACCGGACCACCUGCCCCCGCGCCGAGGAGGUCGUCCGUGCGGCCGUCGAGAGGGCCGUCGCUACCGACCCACGCAUGGCAGCGUCUCUCCUGCGCCUCCAUUUCCACGACUGCUUCGUCAACUCGGGCGGGCCGAGCUGGGAGGUAGAGGUCGGCCGGAAGGACAGCCGCACCGCCAGCCUGCAGGGCGCCAACAUCAACCUCCCAGCACCGACGUCUGGCAUCGCCACCCUCGUGCAGAAGUUCAGGAACGUCGACCUCUCUGCCAAGGACAUGGUCGCACUCUCCGGCGCGCACACCAUCGGGAAAGCGCGGUGCACUUCGUUCAGUGCGCGCCUUGCCGGCACCGGCGGCGUCUCGGAAGGCGGCGCGGGCGCGUUCAAGGACCUGACCUUCCUGGAGUCGCUGCAGCAGCUGUGCACGGGGUCGGCUGGAUCGGCGCUGGCGCACCUGGACCUCGCCACCCCAGCGACCUUCGACAACCAGUACUACAUCAACCUGCUCUCCGGCGACGGCCUGCUGCCGUCAGACCAGGCGCUAGCGUCGUCGUCGUCGGGUGCCGGUGCCGUGCCCGGGGUAGAGGCGGACGUCGCUAGCCUCGUCGCCAUCUAUGCCUUCGACGCUUCCGUGUUCUUCCAGGACUUCGCGGAGUCCAUGCUGCGGAUGGGGAGGCUUGCACCGGGCGUCGGCACCAGUGGCGAGGUCCGCCGGAACUGCCGGGUGGUGAACAGCUCCGGCUAG